CGUUGACCAUUCAAAUGAAGUACUUGUCACUUGGCUCCAUCUGUCGUUUACAAAAUCAUGUUUUACCUGUCACUUUCAAUCACAUUUGAAAUGUACCAUAACCUCAUCCUUCAAAGACUUUUGUAUAAAAGGGGAACAUGUCAUCGGAAUUCUCAUGUACUACGCCGGAAUGCGCCAAAAGAGCGCACAUGCAAUGUCCAACAUGCCUGAAAAUCGGAAUACAGGGAUCGUAUUUUUGUGGCCAAGAUUGUUUCAAAUCCUAUUGGAAAACACACAAAAUUAUUCACAUGCUGGCGAAGGGACCGGGCGGAGGUGAUGCAAAGGAUGAUGAAUAUCGACCAUGGCCUUACUAUUCGUUUACCGGUAAAUUGAGACCGUAUCCACAAACGCCAAUGCGCAAAGUGCCUGAGAGUAUCGGUCGCCCCGAUUAUGCUGACCAUCCGAAUGGUCGAUCGCUGAGCGAAGAAUCAUUCCGUGGCAAUACAUCAAUUAAAGUGUUGGACGAUGAAGAGAUUGAAUCGAUGCGCGUUUCAUGUCGAUUGGGCCGUGAAGUGCUUGAUGAGGCAGCCAAGGCUAUCGAAGUUGGCGUCACCACCGAUGAAAUUGAUCGCAUUGUACACGAAGCAUGCAUUGAACGUGAUUGCUAUCCAUCGCCAUUAAACUAUUACAACUUCCCGAAAUCAUGUUGUACAUCGGUCAAUGAGGUUAUUUGUCACGGUAUUCCGGAUGGCAGACCAUUGGAGGAUGGGGACAUUUGUAAUGUCGAUGUGACGGUUUAUCAUCGGGAUUUCCAUGGUGAUUUGAAUGAAACGUUCUUCGUUGGCAAUGUAGCGGAGAAGCACAAGAAUUUAGUGAAAGUUACGUAUGAAGCAUUGCAAAAAGCCAUUGCUAUCGUUAAACCAGGUGAACGAUACCGCGAAAUUGGCAAUGUCAUCCAGAAGCAUGUGCAAACGCAUGGUUACAGUGUGGUCAAGAGCUACUGUGGCCAUGGAAUCCAUCGACUAUUCCACACAGCACCGAAUGUUCCACAUUAUGCUAAAAACAAUGCGGUCGGUGUAAUGAAAGCUGGAAAUGUGUUCACCAUUGAGCCAAUGAUAUCGGAAGGUACAUGGCGCGACCGUCAAUGGCCGGAUAAUUGGACGGCGGUCACACAGGACGGUCUAUUUUCUGCCCAAUUCGAACAAACACUUUUGGUUACAGAGACUGGCUGUGAAAUCCUAACUAAACGUCUGACUAACGACGGCAACCCUUGGUUCAUGGAUAAAUUAUAAUAACGUUAAAAGUUUUUUUUUUCGUAACCAAAAUCAAACAAACAAUUUUUCAUUUACCACUUUUGAGUUUUGCAAAUACCCAUUUGCUUUUCUCUACUCUCAAUUCAGUUUAAUGGCCGAGCGAAUGUAAUGCAUUUUCUUUUGAUCAAGAUCAAUAUUGAAUAUAUUGAAUAGCAGAUUCUUUCCUGUAAUUUUGAAAAAAGAUUUUUUUCUUUCUGUUUAGAAUUGAAAUUAAAAAUUUCAUGAAAUUCAUUUCACUAACGCACGAUUCGUUUUCUUUUUAAUUUUAAAAAUCUAAUAUAAAAAAAUACAUGAGCAGAAUAAUUUUAUAUAUACAUAAAUGUAUUUGGAUUUUGGAUUUCAUUUUUAGCUACGAACAAUUCCAUCUCGUUGCCGAUCGAAUGACUGACGAUUUUGUUCAAUUUUUUUUUUUUGCAUGAAUAAAUUUACAAUCGAAUUAAAAUCCAUUGCAAA